UUCUCUCAGCAACUCAUUACUAGCUGUCAUUAUCCGAACACUACAACAAAGUUGUCAAACUGUACCCUACAACAUUUCAUGCCAUACAAAGAAACAAUGGCUUCCUCAAUGGAUCAGGACAAAGCUAGCCCGUCCCCCUCCACCCUCCAGGAGUCCCCAGGUCAACCGCCUCUCCGUACUUUACUGCUGGUUCUGGUCGACUGCAGGAAAACACCGGGGCAGAGUGGAACUGAGAGAGGAGAAGAGGAACAUGGAGAUGUGAUUUCAUUAAGGGACAUCCCUAAUCGUUCCUCUCUUAGAGGGAGGGGCUUAUCUGGGGAGCCUCAACAACAUCAUGAUGCUGACAAGAAAGAGAAGAGUCUCUCCAGAUCAGAACACCUCAAGAAGCACCAGCAUAGAGGUACAGGGAAGAAACCUCAACACUGCUGCUCUGACUGUGGGAAGAGUUUGGCUAAACAGGACUUGACAAAUCAUGAGCAAAUUCACACUCUAGAGCAUGCAUCUAAUACCUUAAAAUCUCACCAGAGAAUUAAUUCAGGGGAGGGACCUUAUACUUGCUUGGAUUGUGGGAAAUACUUAAACCAGUCAGGAGCCCAGACUAAACACAAACACAAACACACAGGAGAGAAGCCUUAUAGCUGUGUUCCGUGUGGGAAGAGCUUCAGUCAAUUAGGAACCCUCAGAAAACACCAACGCAUACACACAGGAGAGAAGCCAUAUAGCUGUGUUCAGUGUGGGAAGAGCUUCAGUCGAUCAGGAGACCUGAUCAAACACCAACUCAUACACACAGGAGCGAAGCCUUAUAGCUGUGAUCAAUGUGGGAAGAACUUCAAUCAAUCAGGACACCUGACUGCACACCAACGCAUACACACAGGAGAGAAGCCUUAUAGCUGUGAUCAGUGUGGGAAGAGCUUCAGUCGAUCAGGAUCCCUGACUACACACCAACUCAUACACACAGGAGCGAAGCCUUAUAGCUGUGAUCAGUGUGGAAAGAGCUUCAGUCGAUCAGGAGACCUGACUCUACACCAACGCAUACACACAGGAGUGAAGCCUUAUAGCUGUGAUCAAUGUGGGAAGAACUUCAAUCAAUCAGGAGACCUGACUGCACACCAACGCAUACACACAGGAGAGAAGCCUUAUAGCUGUGAUCAUUGUGGAAAGAGCUUCAGUCGAUCAGGAGACCUGACUCUACACCAACGCAUACACACAGGAGAGAAGCCUUAUAGCUGUGAUCAUUGUGGAAAGAGCUUCAGUCGAUCAGGAGACCUGACUCUACACCAACGCAUACACACAGGAGAGAAGCCUUAUAGCUGUGAUCAUUGUGGAAAGAGCUUCAGUCGAUCAGGAGUCCUGAUCAAACACCAACGCAUGCACACAGGAGAGAAGCCUUAUAGCUGUGAUAAGUGUGGGAAGAGCUUCAGUCGAUCAGGAUCCCUGACUAGACACCAACUCAUACACACAGGAGCGAAGCCUUAUAGCUGUGAUCAGUGUGGGAAGAGCUUCAAUCAAUCAGGAACCCUGACUGAACACCAACGCAUACACACAGGAGAGAAGCCAUAUAGCUGUGUUCAGUGUGGGAAGAGCUUCAGUCGAUCAGGAGACCUGACUACACACCAACUCAUACACACAGGAGCGAAGCCUUAUAGCUGUGAUCAGUGUGGGAAGAGCUUCAAUCAAUCAGGAACCCUGACUGCACACCAACGCAUACACACAGGAGAGAAGCCUUAUAGCUGUGAUCAAUGUGGGAAGAACUUCAAUCAAUCAGGACACCUGACUGCACACCAACGCAUACACACAGGAGAGAAGCCAUAUAGCUGUGUUCAGUGUGGGAAGAGCUUCAGUCGAUCAGGAGACCUGACUACACACCAACUCAUACACACAGGAGCGAAGCCUUAUAGCUGUGAUCAGUGUGGGAAGAGCUUCAAUCAAUCAGGAACCCUGACUGCACACCAACGCAUACACACAGGAGAGAAGCCUUAUAGCUGCGAUCAAUGUGGGAAGAACUUCAGUCAAUCAGGACACCUGACUGCACACCAACGCAUACACACAGGAGCGAAGCCUUAUAGCUGUGAUCAUUGUGGAAAGAGCUUCAGUCGAUCAGGAGACCUGACUCUACACCAACGCAUACACACAGGAGAGAAGCCUUAUAGCUGUGAUCAAUGUGGGAAGAACUUCAAUCAAUCAGGACACCUGACUGCACACCAACGCAUACACACAGGAGCGAAGCCUUAUAGCUGUGAUCAUUGUGGAAAGAGCUUCAGUCGAUCAGGAGACCUGACUCUACACCAACGCAUACACACAGGAGAGCAGCCUUAUAGCUGUGAUCAUUGUGGAAAGAGCUUCAGUCGAUCAGGAGACCUGAUCAAACACCAACGCAUGCACACAGGAGAGAAGCCUUAUAGCUGUGAUCAGUGUGGGAAGAGCUUCAGUCGAUCAGAAUCCCUGACUAGACACCAACUCAUACACACAGGAGCGAAGCCUUAUAGCUGUGAUCAUUGUGGAAAGAGCUUCAGUCGAUCAGGAGACCUGACUCUACAUCAACGCAUACACACAGGAGAGAAGCCUUAUAGCUGUGAUCAUUGUGGAAAGAGCUUCUGUCGAUCAGGAGACCUGAUCAAACACCAACGCAUGCACACAGGAGAGAAGCAUUAUAGCUGUGAUCAGUGUGGGAAGAGCUUCAGUCGAUCAGAAUCUCUGACUAGACACCAACUCAUACACACAGGAGCGAAGCCUUAUAGCUGUGAUCAUUGUGGAAAGAGCUUCAGUUGAUCAGGAGACCUGACUCUACACCAACGCAUACACACAGGAGCGAAGCCUUAUAGCUGUGAUCAAUGUGGGAAGAACUUCAAUCAAUCAGGACACCUGACUGCACACCAACGCAUACACACAGGAGAGAAGCCAUAUAGCUGUGUUCAGUGUGGGACGAGCUUCAGUCGAUCAGGAGACCUGACUACACACCAACUCAUACACACAGGAGCGAAGCCUUAUAGCUGUGAUCAGUGUGGGAAGAGCUUCAAUCAAUCAGGAACCCUGACUGCACACCAACUCAUACACACAGGAGAGAAGCCUUAUAGCUGUGAUCAAUGUGGGAAGAACUUCAAUCAAUCAGGACACCUGACUGCACACCAACGCAUACACACAGGAGAGAAGCCAUAUAGCUGUGUUCAGUGUGGGAAGAGCUUCAGUCGAUCAGGAGACCUGACUAUACACCAAUGAAUACACACAGGAGAGAAGCCUUAUAGCUGUGAUCAGUGUGGAAAGAGCUUUGCUCGUUCAGGGUCACUGAUAAAACACCAGAAAGCACAAACAUGUCGUCUUUCAUCUCCCUUCUCUCUGGCACCGGUUCCAGAUCCCUAAAUAAAGUUUACAUAGAAAACAUCUUGUAAACAGUCAUCCAUCUCCCAUUCUCUAACACUUUAGUAAGUCUAAUUGCCAUGGUAACAUGUGUAGCAUAAUAUGCAGCUCUGGAUCCGUAUGUUACAAGCGUCUUGGAGUAGAAGUGCUGUGUGUGGUGGGGUGGGGGAGGAGGUGUUCAGAGCUAUCUUUUAAUUUAUGAUCUCAUAUUAUCCAUUAAAUAAUGUAUAAUAAAAUGUUUCACCAAUGGUAGGUGUAUAUUCAUGUGUGGGGGAAAUGUUAUCUGAAGAGAGAGCCUUGAAUUGUACUUGUCUCAUACUGUCAUUAAUUCCUGUAGGUAGAGAUAUGAGGGGAGACGGUCAUGACCCCCUCAGACCUUUUGGCAGAACGCUCAGAAUAUGUUCUAUAAGUUACAUGCAGGAACCAUAUGUUAAUGAUGAAUAAUGUAAAUCAUGCAAAUAUAACUUGUCUGUGUAAGCAGUAUAUAAGAGGACUAACGGGACUGCCCCGAAAGAGCUCCUGACCGAUGUGUACUAUGGUGCAUUAAGUUUGUUGGAAUCUCUCCAGCUGGCUGAUAAUAAAUAAUUAUUAAUUUAA